AUUUACAUCGUUCCAAUAAAACUGCUUUGACACCACGUUUUGCCAGAUGAUACAACGUAUGACAUCCUGCACUCCCUCCACCUUCACAUGAGAAACGAUUAUUGAGGAUUGAUAUUUAUUCAUUUAUAUUUGUUGAUGUGACCAAAGAUAUAUUGCACAACAGCACAUAUUGGACUAAGCAAAGGCGUACAAUGUUAUUCUCAAUUCUAACGCAUUUGAAGUUGGCGCUAAAAUUAGCACACAAAAACACACGCGGGCGCAAAAAAAAAAUCUGACAGAAUCUGUCAUGCGACUAAAGUGUCAGAAAACUGAUAUACGCUAACAUUGUCGGGUGUGUAUAUAUGUGUGCGUGUGUGAACAACGAGAUCAAAUCGACAAAAAAAAUAGUUUAUUGUCACGUUUUAUCAAUGUAUCAACAAUACACACUCACAAACAUAUUGUGCAAUUUCUUCUGUUGUUGCUUUGUACGAGAUUCCAGGUGACUUCAUUCGGCAAUGUGCAUCGUUUCAUCUUUUAAAAUGUGGAUUGUAUAGAGGCGAAUAAUAGUUGAAACGACAUUAAAAAAAAAAUGAGCAUAAACAACGGGCAAACCCAUGGAAAUCCUUCUCAUUUGGAAUCAAUUGAUUCUCUAGAGAACAACAGUCGAAGUGAUCGACGAGCAUCGUUAGUGCGAAAUCAAAGUUUUGAUGACAUGAGCACAAUGGCUGAAGCUAAAGUUCUGGUUAUUUACACUGGCGGCACCAUUGGCAUGACGAGGAAUUCCAAUAAUGCAUUGGAGCCGACGCCGAAUGUGUUGAUUUCGCAACUUCGCAAAUAUCCGCAUAUGCACGAUGAAGAAUAUGCCCGAACGCGAUUUGGCAAAGCAGUUGGCUUUGGUCCACUUGUGCUUCCGUUUGUUCAGAAUGAAGGCCGACGAAUUAUUUAUACAAUUAUUGAAUAUGAUCCACUAUUAGACUCAAGCAAUAUGGCCAUCAAAGAUUGGGUUCAAAUCGCAGAGGAUAUCAAAGACUCUUAUCAAUUUUAUGAUGGUUUUCUGAUAUUGCAUGGAACCGACACUCUGUCAUAUACCGCAUCCGCGCUCUCUUUCAUGCUGGAAAAUCUUGGCAAAACAGUUAUCAUCACCGGUUCUCAAAUACCAAUCUUUGAGACACGAACUGAUGGCAAGGAUAACUUUACAUCGGGACUGAUUUUGGCUGGAAAUUAUGUUAUACCAGAGGUGUGCGUCCUAUUCGGUAACAAAUUGCUGCGUGGAAAUCGAACAAUCAAAAACAGUACGGUGAAUUUGGAUGCAUUUGAUUCACCGAACGCAAUGCCAUUGGCAAAAAUUGGCAUCAAUCUGGACAUUGACUAUCGGCUAAUUCAUCGGCCGUGCACGGUAGACAAAUUCACUGUACAUGGCAAAUUGAACGAAAAUGUUGGCGUUCUUCGGCUCUUUCCGAGUAUUUCAACGGCAACGAUCAAAGCAUUCCUACAGCCGCCAUUACAAGGAGUCGUUUUACAAACAUUUGGCGCUGGAAAUAUCCCAUCCAAUCGUAAGGAUUUAAUUGAAGAAUUGAAAAGAGCCAACGACAGCGGCGUAAUAAUUGUCAAUUGUACGCAAUGCAUCAGCGGAUCGGUUAGUGAAAUCUAUGAGGCUGGUCAAGUAUUGUGCGAUACUGGUGUAAUAUCUGGCUUUGAUAUGACACCAGAAGCGGCUCUAACAAAACUUUCGUACGUCUUGGGCAAGGAUGAUUGGAGCUUGGAGACCAAGAAACAGAUAAUGGAAUCAAAUCUGCGUGGUGAGCUGACAUCGACAAAACCGAUGAAAUUGGAUGAAAUUGGACUAAUUGACGCAGUGGCAAGAUCAUUACAAAUCUCGUCACCAAAAGAGCUUUCGGAACUUGGCGAAACGCUAUUUCCGGCGAUGAUAAAUUCGUCAGUUGUGUCCGGAAAUACGAAUAAAAUUGACAUGCUUAAGGGUCACGGUGCAAAUUUGUCAACAGUAAAUCAUGAUCAUCGAACAGCGCUGCACAUAGCUUGUGGCGAGGGCAAUGAAAAAAUGGUAAGACAUCUACUGGCCUACGGUGUUUCCGUACAUAUUCGUGAUCGUCACGAUCGAACCGCUUUAAUGGAAGCAAUUGCCAUCGACAAUCAUGACAUUAUCAAAACUCUGGUCAAAUGCGGUGCACAUAUGACCGGUUCGUCCCGUGUACUGGGAGAGAAUAUGUGUGCAGCUGCAUCGCGUGGCCUACUGAAACGCCUAAUGUCUUAUCGAUUGGCCGGUGCGAAUUUGUCUCAAACAGAUUUAUCACAUCGAACCCCAUUGCAUUUGGCCUGUUUGCAUGGACACACCGAAGUUGUUGAAUACUUAUUGAAAAAUGGCGUUGAAACAUCGGUCCUCGAUCAUUUGAAUCUCACACCGUACGAUUAUGCUCUAAGAGGUGGCCAAAAUGAAAUCGUGAAUCUUUUGAAAGAAAAAGGAGUUGGCCCGCCCAACUCGAACAACGAAUAGAUAUUGGCCGAUUCAGAAGACAUAUCUCAUUUUUGUUUUGUAAAAUUUGAAGAAAAAAAAUACGUUAAUAAAGUUAUGUGUUCCAAC